AAGAGGUGGGGCAACACUCUGUGGCCAUCCAUGCAAGCAGUUUGAGGAAAAUGUGGCUGGCCCUUCUUAUGUAUCAACUUGCCGCAGUCCUUCAUGCCCAAGGUCAAAAUGCCUGCAUCAAACACUCCACAUUCAGAAGUCCAGCUAACUCAGACAUUGAGGUCCUCUGUGGCUCUCAGACAGUGGACCUCCAGAUCCUCCUGUGUCCCAUCUAUUUCAAUGGAUAUAACGAGUCACUGCUGGCCCUCAACUCAGAGCACUCCAAACACCAGUGUAAAGGGACUUCUGACUGGACGGCAGAUCCGCCUGUUGUCAAAUUCAACUUCUCCAUCACAGAGGAGGCGAUCACUGCCUGCUCCAGCAAGCUGAUGGUCACUCAGGAGGUGGGAACCGGACUGUUUGCAGACUUCUCCAACGUCCAGUACAUCAGCAUCUCAGGCAUGAUCUGCUCCGAGGACCCUGGUACAGGAGCCAUCACCUAUCACCAAGAGGUGAUGUACAGGUUCUCCUGUCGCUACCCACUGCAGUACCUGGUCAGCAAUACUCAGAUGAGCGUGUCUGGGCUCAACCUGGCAGUCAGAGACAAUAAUGGGAGUUUCAUGAGCACACUGAGCAUGCGACUCUACUCGGACAACAGCUACUCCUCCGUGCUGCAGAUCCCACCAGGAGGCCUGGAGCUAAAGACCAGGAUCUUUGUAGAAGUGAAGGCGUCCAACCUCACAAACAGAUUCAACGUGCUCCUGGACCGAUGUUACGCCACAGCCUCGCCUUUCCCCAUCAACACCACAUAUCACGAUCUCUUUGUUGGGUGUAACCGGGAUGGUCAAACGAUAAUGGGAGUCAACGGAGAGCAGCAGGAAGCCCGCUUCUCCUUCGAGGCUUUCCGCUUUGUCCAAAACACAGAUGCACCUCUCUCCAUCUACUACGUACACUGUGCCAUCAGGCUGUGUGUGAACUGGUUCUGCCCCAACCUCAUUCAGAACUGCACCACCGGCACCAACUCGAGGAGGCGCCACAGCGUCAACAACAACCAGGGCACCACAGUGAGCGACAUGGCCACCAUCAGCUCAGGCCCCAUCACUACCCGCCUAGACUACGGGUAUCUGAUGGCAUCUGGAGGUGCUCAGCAGGCUCAUAUGGACAGCACGGUGCUGGCUGCUUCAGUCGUAGCAGGCAUCGUUGGAGCUGUCUGUCUGACUCUGGUGGCUUUCGUUGUUUACCAGAUGUACAACGCGAGCGUCAGUUUCAACAAGACAAUUCUGUACCCACAAGACUGACAGAGGGUCAACACAGCUUACAAAAGAAAUGUAAUAGCCUCAAACAUUUCAUUUCAUUUGGA